GGAGGCCCGCAGGACCGAGUCUGCGAUGCCGCGCGCGCCCCGGUGCCGCGCCGUGCGCGCCCUGCUGCGCAGCCGGUACCGCGAGGUGCUGCCGCUGGCGACCUUCGUGCGGCGCCUGGGGCCCGAGGGCCGGGGGCUGGUGCGGCCCGGGGACCCGGCGGUCUUCCGCGCUUUGGUGGCGCGGUGCCUAGUGUGCGUUCCCUGGGAUGCGCGGCCGCUCCCCGCCGCCCCCUCCUUCGACCAGGUGUCUUCUCUGAAGGAGCUGGUGGCCAGGGUCGUGCAGAGACUCUGCGAGCGCGGCACGAAGAACGUGCUAGCUUUCGGCUUCGCGCUGCUGGACGAGGCCCGGGGUGGGCCACCCAUGGCCUUCACGACCAGCGUGCGAAACUACUCGCCCAACACGGUGACCGAGGCGCUGCGCGUCAGCGGGGCGUGGGGACUGCUGCUGCGGCGAGUGGGCGACGACGUGCUGGCCUAUCUGCUGGCGCGCUGCGCGCUCUACCUUCUGGUGCCCCCCAGCUGUGCCUACCAGGUAUGCGGGUCACCGCUGUACGAUCUCUGCACCACCGCGGGAACCUGGCCCUCCGUGCCCCCUUACCGCUGGCCCACCCGGCACGUGGGCGGGAGCCACAGAGGGAGCCUCGGAUCCACACACUGGAGCAGCAGCCACGUGGAAGCGCAGAGACCCAGGGCCUUGCGAGCUGGAGGUGCAAAGCGGCGUCUGAACACCGGAGAAGGUGCCCCACCAGCAAAGAAGCCCAGGCAAGACCUGGCCUCGAAACUGGAGAAGGGACCCGACAGGCAGGCGGUUCUAACCCAUCAAAGCAAGGCAUGGGCACCAAGUCCUGGAGAGCCCCACGGGGCAACUACUACCGGAGCCGCCGUGGGAAAAUUGCGCUUGGAGGAAAAGCCAUCUCGUGUGAGUGUCCCCCCAUCUGUGACCUGUAAUCGCAAGGCCAGCCCGGUACCUUCCCCCGGGUGGCCGCUGAGCCCAGGUGCCCUUCGACUCCGACCGUACAUUGAGACCAAAAGCAUCCUCUACUCCUGCCCAGCCGGCCAGGAGCGGCUGGGCCCCUCAUUCCUGCUCAGCACCCUGAGGCCUAGCCUGACCGGGGCCCGGAGCCUCAUAGAGACCAUCUUCUUAGGCUUGACCCCUAAGAGACCAGGCCCGCCGCGCAAAUUACGCCGCCUGCCUCCGCGGUACUGGCGGAUGAGGCCCCUAUUCCAGCAGCUGCUUGCAAACCAUACAAAGUGCCCGUACAUCGCACUCCUCAGGUCACACUGCAGGUUUCGAGUUGCAGCCCACCAGGUGACAGGUUCCCGCAGCCCACAGCGGCCCCCUAGACCAGCAGCGGCCUCCGAGGAAGAUGCCAACCCGCGGUACCUGCUGCAGCUGCUUCGCUUGCACAGCAGCCCCUGGCAGGUAUACCUGUUCCUGCAAGCCUGUCUCCGCAGGCUGGUGCCCGCUGGCCUCUGGGGGUCCAAACACAAUGAACAUCGGUUCUUGAGGAACACAAAGAAGUUCAUCUCACUGGGGAAGCAUGCCAAGCUCUCACUUUCAGAGCUGAUGUGGAAAAUGAGAGUGCAGGACUGUGCGUGGUUGCGCAGGAGCCCAGGGGACGUCUGUAUCCCAGCUUCAGAGCACCGUCUGAGAGAGGGGAUCCUUGCCACAUUCCUGUUCUGGCUGAUGGAUACAUACGUGGUGGAGCUGCUCAGGUCAUUCUUUUACGUCACAGAGACCACAUUCCAGAAAAACAGGCUCUUCUUCUACCGCAAGAGUGUGUGGAACAAGCUGCAGGGCAUCGGGGUCAGGCAACACCAUGAGAGAGUGCAGCUGCGGGAGCUGUCACAGGCUGAGGUCAGGCAACACCAGGAGGCCUGGCCCGCCAUGCCGACAUGCAGACUGCGCUUCAUCCCCAAGCCCAGUGGUCUCCGGCCCAUUGUGAACAUGGAUAAUGUCAUGGGUGCUAGAGCUUUCCGCAAAGAGAAGCAGGCCCAGCAUUUCACCCAACGCGUCAAGACUCUGUUCAGUGUGCUCAACUACGAGCGGACGAAGCAUCCCAACCUUCUGGGGGCCUCUGUGCUGGGUAUGGAUGACAUCUACAGGGCCUGGCGGUCCUUCGUGCUGCACAUACAGGACCCAGUGCCCAGGCUAUACUUUGUUAAGGCAGAUGUGACUGGGGCAUACGAUGCCAUCCCUCACAACAAGCUUGUGGAGGUGGUUGCUAGCAUGAUCAGGCCCCUAGAGAACACGUACUGUGUCCGCCGGUAUGCUGUGGUCCAGAGAGCUGCAGGAGGCCACAUCUAUAAGUCCUUCAGGAGACAGGUCUCCACCCUGUCUGACCUCCAGCCGUACAUGCGCCAGUUUGUGGAGCUUCUACAGGACCCGAGUGCUGGUGCUCUGAGAGACGCCGUUGUCAUUGAACAGAGCUCCUGUCUGAAUGAGGCCAGCGGCAGCCUGUUUGACUUCUUCCUGCGAUUUGUGCACAACAGCAUCGUGAAGAUCAGUGGCAGGUGCUAUGUCCAGUGCCAGGGCAUCCCUCAGGGCUCCAUCCUGUCCACCCUGCUCUGCAGCCUGUGCUAUGGGGACAUGGAGAACAAGCUGUUUGCUGGUGUACAGCAGGAUGGGCUGCUUUUGCGUUUGGUUGAUGACUUUCUGUUGGUUACACCUCACCUGGCCCAAGCAGAGGCCUUCCUCAGAGCCCUGGUCCGUGGUGUGCCUGAGUACGGCUGCAUGAUAAACUUGCAGAAGACGGUGGUGAACUUCCCUGUGGAGUGUGGUACUCUGGGUGGUGCCGUUCCCCACCAGCUGCCUGCUCACUGCCUGUUUCCCUGGUGCGGCUUACUGCUGGACACUCGGACUCUGGAGGUGUUCUGCGACUACUCCAGCUAUGCCCGGACCUCGGUCAGGACCAGCCUCACCUUCCACCGUGGCUUCAAGGCUGGAAGGAACAUGCGUCACAAGCUCUUGGCAGUCUUGCGUCUGAAGUGUCAUGGUCUAUUUCUAGACUUGCAGGUGAACAGCCUCCAGACGGUCUGCAUCAACAUAUACAAGAUCUUCCUGCUUCAGGCCUACAGGUUCCACACAUGUGUGCUGCAGCUUCCCUUUGGCCAGUGCGUUCGGAAGAACCCCUCAUUCUUUCUGGGUAUCAUCUCCGACACCGCCUCCUGCUGCUACUCCAUCCUGAAAGUCAAGAAUGCAGGGAUGUCACUGGGGGCCAAGGGUACCUCUGGCCCAUUUCCCUCCGAAGCUGCACGUUGGCUCUGUUACCACGCCUUCCUACUCAAGCUGGCUGGUCACCCUGCCACCUACAAGUGCCUCCUGGGGCCUCUCAGGUCAGCCCAAAAACAGCUGUGCCGGAAGCUCCGUAAGGCAGAGGCAAUGAUGACCGUCCUUGAGAUUGCAGCUGACCCAGCCCUGAGCGCCGACUUCAAGACCAUCUUGGACUAACCUUGGCCCCUCAGCUGAGGAAGCAGACCCACCCCCUCUGGUGACAGGCUCUCCAGCCACCAACCGUCAGGAGAGGUGGAAGACCAGUGUUACAGGCGUUGGGACUAUGGACAGAAGCGAAAUGCUGCCCUGACAGACCAUGGUGUCUUCAGCCUGUGGAGCCCUGUCGCCGUGCAACCUCUUAGUGGGGGCUUUCAGGGACCUGACAACUUCUGGUGUAGUGUUACACUGCUGGCAUAGAGCGAUGGGGAGGCCUGUGGGGUGGUAGUGAAGGGUGGGUGACUGUCCCAGGGUCAGCAUCCCCCAUCACCAGGAACAUGUCAAAGCCCACUCCUGAGGAACUUCUCGGCAACAGAGACCUUACAUCUAUCCCUGUCCACCUUGGCUCACUCUUGUUGGACCCCAUGCUGGCUCCUGGGGUGUACGUAUACCAUUCCCACUGCCCACCAUCCAAAUGGAGACCUUGGGUGCCCAGGACUGGAGAACAGCUCCCUAUAUGCUUUUUAGUUUAAAAAAAUGUCUGCUGGGUGUGGUGGUACUUGCCUGUAAUCAAUCUCAGCACUUCAGAGGCUGAAACAAGAUUGUGAGU